AUAAGAAUUGGGCUCACGUUGGUGGGAUUGCGUGAAUUGCUCGUAGGAAUAAAACUCAAUAAUGUCUGCAGUCAGUAGAAUUUUCCAAAUUAUUAACAAAACGCCGUGUCUUCGAAUCGGUGCUCUUCGUUAUAGUACUAAUGUCCGUCGAUUUUAUCUAACCAGUCAAGCAGCCAGAUAUACUCCAGCUGCUUCUUUAGUAAGAAAUUACAGCAGUGCAAAGCCUGAGGAGGAAGUUCACUCAAUAAUUCGGGAUUCAGAAAAACCUGUUGGAUCCGCUGACAAAUAUGAAUUCCAAGCGGAGACGAGAAUGCUCCUGGACAUUGUUGCACGAUCUUUGUAUUCCGAAAAUGAAGUUUUCGUGCGUGAGCUGAUUUCGAACGCAAGCGAUGCUUUGGAAAAGUUCCGGUACUCAAUUCACACAGCUGGGGAAAACGAAAAAGACUUUGAAAAUGCAGAUAGGCCCUUGGAAAUCCAUAUAGGCACCGAUAAACAGGGAAUGAUACUAACCAUUCAGGACACAGGUAUUGGUAUGACCAAAGAAGAGUUAAUCAGCAACUUAGGCACAAUAGCCCGAUCUGGAUCGAAAAAAUUUCUUGAAGAAAUCAAAGAAAAAGGAGCAACUGCAGAAAAUUCUUCGAACAUUAUUGGGCAAUUUGGAGUCGGCUUUUAUUCAGCUUUUAUGGUCGCAAAUAAACUUGAAGUAUUUACGCGUUCAUCAAAAAAAGGCUCUCCUGGAUUAAGAUGGGUUAGUGAUGGGUCGGGAAACUUUGAGAUCCAGGAGGCAGAUGGAGUAGCUCUUGGAACAAAAAUCGUUAUCCACCUUAAGCCAGAGUGCCGUGAAUAUGCUGAUGAAGAUAGGAUUCGAAGUGUGAUAAAAAAAUAUAGCAACUUUGUCGGUAGCCCUAUAUUUUUGAAUGGGAAUCGAGCGAAUGAGAUUCAACCCAUUUGGCUUAUGGAACCCAAAGGUGUCACAUCUGAUCAACACAACGAAUUCUACAGAUUUAUCGGAAACACAUUUGACACACCACGGUUCACUUUACAUUACAAAACUGACGUACCGUUAAGUAUAAGAGCCUUACUUUAUUUCCCUGAAGGAAAACCGGGAUUGUUUGAACUCUCUAGAGACACAGAUAUCGGGGUUGCACUGUAUACAAGAAAAAUUCUGAUACAAUCCAAAACCGAAAAUUUGCUACCAAAAUGGUUGCGUUUCAUCAAAGGUGUGGUUGAUUCCGAGGACAUACCAUUGAAUUUGAGCAGGGAAUUGCUUCAAAAUAGUGCCCUUAUUGCUAAACUAAGAAACGUUCUCACCAAUCGCGUCCUUCGUUUCCUCCAAGAACGUGCCACGAAAGAAUCCGGAGAAUUUGAGAAAUUUUACAAAGAUUACGGAAUCUUUCUUAAAGAAGGUAUAAUCACUAGUCAUGAGCACCGGGAAAAGGAAGAGAUCGCCAAAUUAUUGCUUUUCGACUCAUCCAGCUGCACUGGAAAUCAGAAAAUAUCAUUACCAGAAUAUUGCAAUAAAGUUGGCGAGAGCCAAAAAGAAAUCUACUACUUGGCAGCACCAAAUCGGACAUUAGCCGAAUCGUCACCAUACUACGAGGCGUUGAAAAAGAAAAAUGCUGAGGUGCUCUUCUGCUAUGAAAACUACGAUGAGUUGGUAUUGAUGCAGUUGGGUAUGUUUUUGGGAAAGAAUUUAAUUUCGGUGGAAAAGGAAAUGCGACGUGAUACUAACGACAGUGAUGCCAACGAUCUGGGCCCAGACAGUUUACUUAAAAGCCAGGUGGAUGAAAUUAUUCCGUGGAUGAAAGAAAAAUUAUCAGGAAAAGUAGCAAAUGUUAAGGUAACGACAAGAUUGGAUUCUCAUCCCUGUGUGAUAACCGUAGAAGAAAUGGCUGCUGCUCGUCAUUUUAUUCGAACGCAAAGUCAUCAAAUACCAGAGGAAAAUCGCUUUGCCUUGCUUCAACCGCAACUGGAAAUAAAUCCUAAACACCCAAUUAUCAAAAAACUUUACAAGCUGAAAACGAACAAUCCUGAACUAGGAGAUUUGCUUAUUAAACAACUUUUCUCGAAUGCAAUGGUUGGCGCUGGAUUAGCAGAUGACCCCAGAACACUAUUGACAACAAUGAAUGAUUUGUUGGUUAAAGCACUAGAGAAACAUUAAAUUUAGAAUAAGGAUUUCAAUGAAUGUUGAAUAUUUUGAAUGUACAAAAUAUUUAGUUGUGCGUACACUUUCGAGAAUGUGAUAGAAUAAGAAAUGGAAAAUUCAAGUAAUCUGAAAGCAUUUUGAAAUUUUAAAGAAGGGGAGCUGUUAGUAGGUAACAUAACUUCUUGAAGGAGGGUGACAUCAGCAGAGAAUUAAAAUUAGAGAUUACAAUUACAAAAGUUGGAGAAAUAUAAAAAAUCUCUCGCCAGGGC